AUGGACCAUUGUUUUGAGUAUCGAUGGUUGAAACGGGAUUCGUCGUGGGUUGUGGAAUCUGCCGGCACACCGCGGGUGUACAACAGAGUGACGUAUGAUGCCGCAAAAGUGUUGGAUGGAAACACUGGAACCUACUGGAACCCCAUGACGCAUACCGGCCGAUACUUCAACAACUGGUACAUCAUUCUCGAUCUCGCAGCUCCUCACACUCUGACCCGCAUCGCAAUCAACAACAGAGGAGACAACGAUCAUGACGUUGCAGCCUUCAAGUUGCAAAAGUCGCAGGGUAAUAGUCCGUACAACUGGGAGGACGUCAGGUCAGUUAGUAACGUAAGGAAGGGGACGACUCAGCGCCAGGAGUUCGGCGGUUUCCGGGAAACAGCAGAGUAUUGGAGGUUCGUGAUCACUAGGACGCACGCGGGCUAUCAGCCAUAUCUCAAAGAACUGAACUUCCAAGGAUUCCAAGCAGGUGCUAAUGUCGCCCUGGGGAUGUUAGCGUUUCAAACAACCACGCGUCCGGACGGCGGACCUGCCAGGCUUGCAGUAGACGGGAACCCCUCUACAAGAUGGACAGAUGGUUCCUGCGCACACACUCAACAAGAGGAGAAUCCCACCUGGUGGGUGGAUCUCGGUCAGUCGUAUGCGGUUGAUAGUGUGGUCAUCUUUAACGUUAACCGUCAAGAGGAGUGUUGCUCGGACCGAAUCAACCCCUUCAACAUCCACAUCGGCGAUUCCAACCAGGUCAGCACGAACCCUAAGUGUGGAGGUGACCAUCGAAUCGGCUUGACCAUGCCGUCCAUUUCCGUCUCCUGUCAGGGGAUGCGGGGACGCUAUGUGGGCAUCCGUCUUCCAGGGCCCUCCAGGGUACUGACCCUGUGCGAAGUCCGAGUAUUUUCUGAUGGCAAGGUGGUACUUCCCGGACAGACUAAGUAGUCAUCAAGAAUGCAGCAAAUGAAUGAAAUCUGGCUGAGGAAAACCCUGCAUUAUCUAAAGUCACGUUGGCUCUUAACUUGAGCUUUGGUAUACCUUGAACGAUACUAUACACACAUACAAAAAGCAUUCAAAUCGUAGUGUCAGUUUAUAAGAAAAAAACUUUCUUGAAUGUGGGGCUUAAUGGUGUUCUGUUGGUACAAUAGCGUGUUCCCAUUGUAGCAAAAACUAAAUGUAUAUUGCGUUACAUUUCAACUUGGUAAGCAAGAAAUCCUAUCAGGUGUAAACCUAACCAUAUUUUGCAUGUGGAGUCUAUUUAAGUGUGGGACAUAUUCAGCUUUAGACAAAAAGUAAGCUAUGGAUACAAUAUAGUUUAGUUUAUUGCAAAUUCUUGAAGGUACAAUGUAACAUGAACGGUGACAAACAAGCAAAUAGUAUAGAAUAGUGUAGAAUAUGUCUAAAGGAUAACUCUAAACUAUAACUUGUUAAGUUUAAUUCCUUUUUCUGAGACAGUGGGUUUUGUGAUUUUAGGAGGAAUGUAGUUUUUUUUAAUACAAUAGUGGAAAGAAAACUAUAAGAAGGACAGGCGCAUUGCUAUAUCAAAAUCUAUCUCUGACAACAAAUAUUCUACAGGUUACGGUUUAACCACUUGAAUCCAAAGCAAGCGCAUUUUGGUGGUCACAAAUUCAAGAUUUGUGUCAUUUAUACGUAAGUGUUAGGAAGUGUUAGGAACCCUUUUCGCCCGAUAAAAUUUAUCAACAUAAUAUUAGCUUGAAUACGCUGAUGGUAUUCUUUUUAUCUCUGCAUAUAACUCCAAUUUUUCCUGCAAAACCGAAACAUGUGUUAAGGACAAUAUUUCUGAGUCAGGGCGCUUUUUACACCAGGUAGUGCUUCGACAUCUUUUCAGUGCAUGUCUAAAGCAAAGUCUUCCAGAAUUUUAAAAAGUAUGGCGUAGCAAAAUCUUAGACAGUAGACGUAGUUUUCAAUAUUGACUUUUUGUCACUGUACUGCUGUUCUCACUAAUAACCCAAACACAGGAAACAUCUUGAAAACAACCCCAAACAACUCCAAAGCAACUGAAAAAAUGCUAACAACAAUCGAAAGCAAACCGAAAACAAGUCGACAAUAUCUGAAAACCACUGACAACAACCAAAAACUGCUGACAACAACGGAAAACAAAUCGAAACCAAAAUGUGUUAUUUUGAGCAAGAAAUUAUAUCUACUAGACUUUGGGUUUGUUAAAAAAUAUGUACCACACAUUGGACGAAUAAUCAGCCAGCUGUUAGCUAUAUGGGACAAUUGCUCAAUUAAGUGCGUGUUAGAUAUUGCUUGAGUUCUGGUUAUGUUUCUUGUGUGGGGACGGGACUGUUUUCGAUAUAUUUUGAAACUUUAUCAGUAUUUUAUGGUUUAUGUAGGUAACACGUCCUUUUAUCUCUUGAUCCUGAGCAGAUCAGUGAUGAUAAUGCAAAAAAACACAGGUCAGUUUAGCCAUGGUAGCCACUUUAUAACAUCACACAUUAGAAAUGAAUUGUCAGUCCCUUUGCAAUCGAGUGCACAAAAAAAAAACAUUAACUUUUCUAACGCAGAUGCAAUCUAAUCCGAGACAAAAGAAAAUUCCACUUUUUUAAGUUAACAAGAAAAGCCUGACCAAGUCUACAUUUCAGUUGACCUUACUUGCAUAUGCACGUAAUAGGGCCUUCACACUGCAACCGAAUU